AGCACGAUCAGUCUUCGUCAGCUCAGCGAAGUGACCGAUGUCUUGUUUCUGAUUGGAAUGCGUUUGUGUUUCAACCAAAGAAUUGUAUGGAUGUCUGCCAUUGGGCUGGUAAUGGUGGAGAUUUGACCAACGCUUAACUGCAGCAUCUAUUGAGAAUUGAUUACUUUAUUGGGUCUACUGCUUAAUCCCCCUUUUGAUGGAUGAAAAAGGGCGCAAAGAAAAAGUUGCAUGGAGAUAAAUUGCCAUAGAGGACGAAUCAGGUGAUCCUGUGAAAAGCAAUGUCUUUCAGUGCCAUAUGUGCUUCAUGCCUUAGGCAUCUUCAAAAACUAUGCUCCAGAUCAUGGCAUCUUCCACCUAGUCAACUCAUUAAACAAGCACCAAGCCAAAGCCAAAGAGCCUUUGGAUCCGGCCUCGUGCAUCCGGCAGGAUAUGCAGGAGCCUUGAGGUUAUCAUCCUUCAGAAUAUCAAGGAAUAUGUUGUUGACCACGCAGCGGUGCCGUCCAAUAGCUCACUAUGCAGAACAGAAAGCGACUGUGGACUUCUCACCCAGUAUACAUCUGAAUUUAAGAUUGGAUUAUAGUGAUAGCAUUUUAAACUUUAAGGAUGGUGCUGAUCUCCUGCAUUCGCUUGAGGUAAUCUCAAGUCACCUUGAUGACAUGACCCCUACAGAUGUGUGCAUCUCCGUGAAUAAGUUGUGGGAAUGUAUAUGGAUGGUGAGAGAUGAUAUUCAACAAUGGCUGGAGUAUUCAGAGAUGCUUCAUAAACACCCUGUAUUGCCACAACUGUGCAAUUUGAUCCAGGUACAUGCUGCCGCAAUGUCCAAUUCAGAGGCUCUGAGUGUUCUCUACUUUGUUCUGAAGUUUGGUGUCCCAGAGAUUACCCAUCAUGCAAUUGCUGCGUUGUACUUCACGCUUAGUCUUAAAGUGCAAUCCUUUGAUCUCAAUGAUGCUGCUAUGUUUGUCCGUUGCUGUCAGUCCGUCAAGGAUGUCCUCCCACGUGUUGGUGUUGACUGUGGUGAAUCGGAUGCCAUCAUGCAGAAUGUACUUGCCCAUGUUCAAGAACUGCUGAGUGAUGACACUGAGUAUGAUGUAGUCCCUCUUCCAAGGCUUCUACUACUACUAGGGCUCCUGCACUGCAGCGUACCUACCACAAAUCCUGUUGUCUGCAACAUUGUUCAGAAACUCUAUCAUGCUGUUGAUGUCUUGGACAGUAUUCACCUUUCACCUCUAUCCAAAGCUGUCAUUAUGAUGAACAGCCACCAGACUCCAUUUGCGGGAUUGAUGACUGCCAGAAUGUGUGAUAUCCUUGAUGAUUUUCAUAGCCCAAGUGACUUUUCGCACUGUUUCUACACACUUAUUACCUUAUGUUCUGAAGACUUGGAGAAUCGCAUCACUCAGCACUGUUUGAAGCUGUUUUUUGCAGGAGCAUCCUACGGGUUCAACGACAUCAGACGCAUCAUGCAAGGAGCGAUUCUGAUGAGAAGUAGAGAGAACAGGGAUCAGAUUAUGACCAGAGUAAGCCAAUUGCUCAUUCCCCAAGUUCCUGCCAUCCCAGCAAUUGAAAUGGCCAUCAUCUACAGCACCCUAAGGAAAGUUUAUUCCAGGAAUUAUGAGCUCAGAGAGCUUCUGGAGAAGCAUAUGAAACAGAAACUUCUUGAAUGCACUGCACCACAUCAACUCCUUGCUCUCAUUGAAGUCCUAAGCCAUGACCCAAAACCUGACCUCGUGGUUGAGCUUACAAACAAAAGUAUAGAAAUCAUACCAUUUUUAUCAUUGGAGCGACUUGGGAGACUGUGCAAUGCAAUGGGAAGAAUGAAAGUAAGGUCUAGCAGGUUUUUAGCUCUUGUUGAAGGUCUUGCCAUAGAAAACAUUGAUAGUUUAAAUAAUGUUAUAGUUAUCAAAAAUAUAUUGCACUAUCUUGCAACAGCCAAAUCCACCAAUACCCAGUUACAAUCUGUUUGCAUUGAAAGACUUCAUAAGAACCUGGAGAGGAAUCCUUUACCACACCUUGUAGUCUACAUACUUGAUACCCUGAGCAACCUUGGUGUACCCUGUGAAGACAUUGAUCCCAAUGUGUGGGACAAGGUACUGAACUUCAUGCCAAUCUUAAAUGGUCAUGAUCUUCGUAGAGUGUUCUUUGUGCUUUCCAACUUCUCUGAUCAUCUGUAUCCAAGGGGAAAUCUCCCUAAAGGUCUUGUAAACCUUCUGGAAUAUGUAAGGAAACCUCUUCACUGUCCCAACUCUGCAUUUCCUGCUUAUGUUAAAAGAGUUACUCAUAAGGAUCUUUCAAGAUCCUCUGUUCUCAACGCAUCAUGGAUCCGCGAUUCUGCUUCCGUUGUUGCCUUUGCCAAACUUCUUAUUCAACAACGCAUCUGCAACAGAUCCUUUUUGAGGGCAAUUGAAGCAACAGUUCAGUCCAACUUGGAUGACAUCUCUCCGUUCCAUGUCCGGGACAUCCUGGAUGCUUUCACUGUUGGCAACUACCUUCCAGCUUCUCCAACAUUCCUUGAAGAACUUUGUUCCUCAAGGGUGAUACCGUACAUGUCAGAUCUUCAACCUCAUAGACUGGUUAACAUUGCACUUAGCCUGGCUGCCCUUCAGUGCUUCCCAUUGGACUUUCUACAUACUAUCUUCAGUCUCAGCUUCCUUAAAAGUAUGGAAGAGAUGCAUGUUUCCAGGUCUUUGUCACACCAGCUUCAAGAGCUGAAUAGAGCAGUGUGCCUUGAAUGUCCUGAGCUAAGAGUGCCUUGGUUCAGUCCAGAACGGACAUCAAAAGCAGGUAAGCCACCAUCAAACGGUAUCAAGAUGGAUGUUGGGGCCGUAUUGGAGGACGUCCUCGGUGGACCUACUUUCUUGAGGAGAAAUGCCCAGACUCUUUAUGCAUACAAGAAUGACUUUGAGUGUAUCCUAGAUCAUCAUGGCCAACCAAUUUCUUACACCAGCCAGGGACGUAAAGGUAAAGUUGAGAUGACGGGGAUUAAACAUGCCUUCUCUCCAUCGUCAAAUAUACUUCAACGUGGAAUGCAACAAGAGGGUACAUUUCAAGAUGGCUCUCAAAGGAUAGCCAUAGAUAUCAUACGUCCCUCUGAGAUGUGCUCCAAUGUCACACGUUACAGCAGCUGGGUGGAGAUGAAACGCCGCCAUCUUGAAAUCCUAGGUUACGAGUACAUCACUAUACCCUACAUGGACUGGAGCAGAGAACAUCUGAAUAGCUUUGACGCCAAACGCCUGUACAUCUCCGAGCUACUGGGAGGCAAUCUGUGGCUUAGUGCUUCAGAGAACCAGGACUCCGGGCCGAGACCAGGACCAGGUCCAAGACCAGUGAAGACUAAGAGAACCAAUGACAUGGUAGAAAGGAUGUUACAUGAAUGGGGAGAGGAGGAGGACUAGGAUUAUGAGGACUGUCAAGCUAUUGUCAAUAAAGAGUCCUAUACUAGCAUACAUGAAUAUGUUCCAACAUCAUAAUGUAAGGUUCAUUGGUUCAGUUUGAUUGCAACACCGGCAACAAGGUAGGCUGGGCCGGGACCACCAUAUCGUAACCUAGACAAACAGCAACGUGUAUCCAAUGUGACCUCAGUUACAUCACCACGCAUCAAAUAUGCAAAUGAUACAUCUGCAAAUACAUCCCCCUUACAUAUAUAUAUAUAAAAAGAUGUUUUAUGAAUCCAACAACAGCAAUAUAUCACUGUAACACUUUGAGCAAAAACAUUUUUUGGGAUACAAACCAUUGGGAAACUCCAUGCAGAACUGUCUUGUAUUAUCACUGUGUUGUUAUACAUAGACAUCCCAAACAUGUAGCAAUAAUAUGCAUAAUAUUAUUUUGUCUCAAAAUAGCAAUAAUAUGUAUAAUAUUAUUUUGUCUCAAUUUGUUUUUAACAACUCAGUAUCAUAAUCAAUUAUACUAUUCAACUGUAAUAAUGGCAAAAAUUAAUGACACACAUGUUUUUUGUACAUAUACCAGUAAAACAAUCCUGAUACACAUAAGGAUUACGUUGUGCCAUUUCCAAAUUUCUCUUCUGUUUUUUUUAAUUUUAUUUGGAAGUAUUGAAUUUCAAGAAGUGACCAGUUAUGAAUAACUCAUAAUACAAUGAUAUCAUCAAUAACAGACAAAAGUGUUUGAUCACUCUCCAACAAAUUAUCAUAGAUACAUACAACAAUCAGAUUUACUAAAUGGUUUAUGGCGAUGUACAAUAAGACAUAAAUUCCAACAAUUUCAAUUUGUUAGCUGAUGAAAAAGAAAAUUCAUUGUUAAUUUUCAAUUAGUUGAUCAGGCUUCUUGACCAAUCGUCCAGACGUUGUGUGGUACCCAUUAGUACUGGAUUGAUGAUCAUCACUUGGGUUAAGUUGGGUUUAGUCGUUAGCUAGCGAGGAAACCCAAUCUGUAGGCUUGGACACUUUCUUGAUGAUAUCCAUGGAUUCCAUCCUGUCCAGUUCCUCUUUCAACUCUUCCCGAAGAUGGAUAGGAAACUUCCUUGGUGGGUGGACAACCGGUUCGGCAUUCUCUUCAAGAGUGAUGUGGUAUUCACCUGGGAACCUCCCAAUACCCUGGAACCGAUCUGGGUAUGCAGCUACCAGAUCGAGUGUACUCUUUAUCACGCCUGGACUGCUUCUCUGAUGCAUCUCACAGUUCACUAUGACUAGGCGCAUCUUCACUGAACUUUGCAAUCCUAGGAUAGCUGGUCCACGUGUAUCCACGAUGAAGAAGCCUUUUCUGAACCACUUCCCUUCUUUGUACUGGCAGGGAAGGUCAAAACAUCCAUACUGCUGUAUCGGUGUCUCGUCGUAGGCAUACAACCUGACAUGUCUUAGUCUGACAGCCGACUCCAGAGGACAUCCCUUGUCAUCUAAGACGUCUGGAAAAGCCUUCCUGAAGCAUCGAAGAGGCAGCACUUUUCCCUGUGCUCCUGUGUCCACUUAACUCUCAAAGUGUGGUUACCUGGCUUAUCCCUGAUGCUAAACUUCAGAGUAGCAAAAAGCUUGUCUCUGUCAUCAAUGGGCUCACCAUCAACGUGAACAUGUCCAACAUAGAUUGAUUCUACAGAGAUGUCUUCAAAAUCUCUUGGUAGAUCAUCACCGUCAUUCUUGAUGGCAAUUGGAUGCAGAUUCUUUCCAUGGUUACAAGAUCUACUCUUAUUAUGUUCAUCCAGUUUCCUUUCUCAUGUCCAGUCUGUCUGGUUUACUACUGUCUCCUGAAGUCCUGCACCGUUUCUUCCUGUGACCUUUCAUGCCACACUUGUGGCACUGUGACCUGACCGCUGGGAAACUCUUUGGUGAGUGCCUCAGACCGCAAUUCCUACAAGAAUUGGACUGGUGCAGAUCAUGUACUGAAGCUCUGUCGAGGCUGUUCAGCUGGCUCAUGUGGGAGUCACUUGCCUCAUGCGUCCUUGCCAAUGAAGCAGCCUUGUCCAACUUUGUUCACCUUUGCUCAGUAGGACCUUCUGCACCUCUGGGUGUCUAAUCCUGGCGACUAAGACUUCUAUACUUCUCUCCUCAACAGUGUCAUCAGUCUUGAAGUUGCACUUCGCUGCCUUUGUGCGACAUCGUAGAAUGAAAUCAUCAGUAGUCUCUGAUGACCCUUGUCUGUACCUCUGGAACUCUAUUAAACGAUGAAUCCAGAAAUUCUCCUGGGGUUCCGGUUGGGUUGCAAAUGCAUCCCAAAUGUUCUUGGUUAGUGAGAUUGCACUUGACAUUAACCAUGGGUUCUUGCUUUGCAUUCUCCUGAAUGUACUGCUGAGUUGGCAUAUUGUCAGUAUCCAUGGGAACAUACACCUCUGGCUCCGUUGUCUGCUCUGAAGACUACCUUCUUAAGCCAUCGCUGUUCUUCGUGGUUGAAUUGUCCUUUUUUCUGUGGGAUGUGGUUUACUCUAAUAUUGUAUGUCAGUCUCCAUUUACAGUCCUUUGCCCAGUCUUGCGUAGGCAGCUGACGCACAAUCCUUGUUUCUUGGAGCAGCAAAUCAUUUCUUCAUAUGGCUUUGAUUGCCAAUACCUUGCACUCUGCCAGUGUGUGUUUACUUUCUUUGCAGGCUAUGCACACUUCUUUUCUUUCCUCUUAAUCUGUCUUGGUAGAAAUCCUGAACCUGGCUUUGCGUGCAUAUGACAUAGUAUUGUUUCUGCUAAUCGGGUCUUUAACCUUCAUUUAUUGACUCAUGCACAUAUGUUAUCACAUCAUGCGUCCUCCUUAAUAAUAAUAUUAAUAGGCAUUUAUAUAGCACCAUCUAUCUAGAAAUAUUCUAUUCCGGGGCGCGAUGUUAUUAUUAUUACCCCGGCUUUAGCUCGAGCUGCCUUUCAGCGCUCAUGCAUUCAAGGAAUUAAUCCUGCUGGGUACCCAUUCACCUCACCUGGGUUGAGUGCAUUACAAUGUGGAUGAAUUUCUUGCUGAAGGAAAUCCCAGCCAUGGCUGGGAUUUGAACCCAUGACCCUCUGUUUCAAAGUCAGAAGACUAAUCCACUGGGCCACAACGCUCCUUAGUCCCCAUCCUCAUCUUCAGCUUAUUCCUGUUCAAUGUUCACAACACAUGCCAUCGUUAGCCUAGCACAAUAAUGAAUCCUUGAUAAUUGACAGUUCAUUGGUCACCCCUAUUCUGCUUCAACUGCUGCUUUGCAUCAUAUCCCGAAGUAACCCUUAAAUCGAACAAAGAACUUAAAAUGAGGUGUAAUAACAAUAAUAAAUAACGAGGAAGGUUGAAAAGUCAUACUUCUCCAGAAAAACCCAUGUUACACUCACAUUAGUAGACCUAGAUGUAGAUCAACUUUUUUUUCUAGGCGGCUUAUUUUGCUGACCCAUCGUCGUCAGUUGCAGGCCAAGUCACAACUUCAAUUAUUACUUAAAAUUGAUAUAAAAAAUACUGUCUCCUGCUGGUUUGUACUUUGUUGUGCCACUUGCCGCACUCUUUAACAACAUUAAAAUCUUUAAUUAACUCACACUCUCCUUGAAUCUGAUUGGUUCAAUCAUUGUCAGCUAGUGUCACAUGCUCUUCAGUUGUUGUUUUUCCCCCUCUUUCGUUAUAUGGUUGGUAUCCAUAUUUUUUAAUUGAUAUUUUGCCAAUUCAAUACUCAAACAAACAAAAAAUAAAAUGUUGAUUACAAAUCUAUUUACACAACUACGCAAAUCUCGAAACUUAUUUAUCGUCCAAUAAAAAACUAUGACAUUGUCUAUUAAGGCAAAAUUACCUUUUUUUUUCUUUUAUAACGAGAUGAUGCUAAUUCGGUUAGAUCACUCUAAUUAAACCAAGUGUAAGGCUAUCUGGGAAGUAGAACAACUGCUUGUACACCAAGUGAAUAACACCUAGUAUUUGGUGUGUAUGGUUGUUUUUUUUCACAAAAAUGUCACAUGUUGGAAGAGGGAUGAUUUUACUGAAAGUGCUUUACACAUGAGAUAGGUUUUGUUUUAUGCAGGAGGGUCGAUAUUUAUUUAAUGAGUGAUAAUUUUUAUGCAAUAGGGUCUAUAACAUUAGAAUACUAUAUCUGUCGGCCUAAUUAUCACUGAGUUCUACUCAAUUAUAUAUUAUUAUUGAUAUUAUUGAUUCAAAAUCUAUGAGUGGUGAGCUUAUGGCAUUGAAAAUUUUCAGGAUAAUUGCCUGUAUUUGGAUUUUUACAUGACAUGUGAUGUGCAUUUAUGAAUGUUAUUUUCUUAAAGACAAGAUAUUUAUUUUUCAUUAAAAUUACUUAAAACUACAUGU